GUCGUGGGCGCGGGGCGACGGGCGCGGUGACGUGGCGCUGCCGGGCCGGGCCGGGGCCAUGAAGGCGCUGAUCCUGGUGGGCGGCUACGGCACGCGGCUGCGGCCGCUGACCCUGAGCGCGCCCAAGCCGCUCGUGGAUUUCUGCAACAAGCCCAUCCUGCUGCACCAGCUCGAGGCGCUGCGCCAGGCGGGCGUCAGCCACGUGGUGCUGGCCGUCAGCUACAUGUCGGAGGCGCUGGAGCGGGCCAUGCGCGAGCAGGAGCAACGGCUCGGCAUCCGCAUCUCGCUGUCGCACGAGAAGGAGCCUCUCGGCACAGCCGGGCCCCUGGCGCUGGCCCGCGAGCUGCUGGCCGAGGGCACCGAGCCCUUCUUCGUGCUCAACAGCGACGUCAUCUGCGACUUCCCCUUCGCCGCCCUCCUGCGCUUCCACCGGCACCACGGCCGCGAGGGCUCCAUCGUGGUGACAAAGGUGGAGGAGCCGUCCAAGUACGGCGUGGUGGUCUGUGACGCGGAGACCGGGCGCAUCCACCGCUUUGUGGAAAAGCCGCAGGUGUUUGUGUCCAACAAGAUCAACGCUGGCAUGUACAUCUUCAACCCCAGCCUGCUGCAGAGGAUCCAGCUACGGCCCACUUCCAUAGAGAAGGAAAUCUUUCCAGUGAUGGCUGAGGAUGGGCAGCUAUAUGCCAUGGAGCUGCAGGGAUUCUGGAUGGACAUUGGGCAGCCUAAAGACUUCCUGACAGGCAUGUGCAUGUACCUGCAGUCGCUGAGAGUUCAGCACCCAGAGAGACUGCAUUCAGGCACUGGCUUUGUGGGGAAUGUCCUGGUGGACCCCAGUGCCAAGAUUGGCAUGAACUGCACUAUUGGUCCCAAUGUUACCAUUGGGGCAGGAGUGGUAGUGGAGGAUGGGGUGCGCAUCAAGCGCUGCACAAUCUUGAAAGGCUCCCAAAUUCGCUCCCACUCCUGGCUAGAGUCCUGCAUUGUUGGCUGGAGGUCUUCCGUGGGCCAGUGGGUGCGCAUGGAGAAUGUGACAGUGCUGGGUGAGGACGUCAUCGUCAAUGAUGAGCUCUACCUCAAUGGGGCCAGUGUGCUGCCUCACAAGUCCAUCUCUGAAUCUGUGCCAGAGCCACGCAUCAUCAUGUAACCUCCCUGGAGUCCUUGCUGCUGUGCCAGAACAGUCCGAGAUUGCCAAGGACUCUCCAGGCCAGUGCACUGGCUGGAUUAAAUAUUUAUAGCUCCUUGA